CUCUCAUCUGCAUUGCAUUCUCAUGAUUUUGUCUCUCCACAUUCCUUCCUAUUAUUUCAUGGAUGAGAUUCAAACACAUAAAUCUAUGGAUAUUUUGGGUCUGAGAAAAUUCAGAAGUGGUCUUCUGUUUUUUUCUUUUUUUUGUUACAACACAAAUAGUCAUUUCAUCCACUGUAAUUUCCACUGUCUCCCUAUCCUUUUUUUUUUUUCUAAUUCCCAGCAGAUUUUUCCAAAUCAAAAUCAUGGGUUUUUCUCAUUCCUCUUCAUGGUUCAAUCCAUCUAAAUUCAAUGGAAUUGAUGAUUACUGUCUUAUCAUCAUCUCCUAAGCAGACCCAUUUCGUGUAAUUCAUCAAAAAUCCUACUCCAGAUUUAUAUGGUGUUUUUUCUAGUUCAAUUCCAUUGAAUGGUUAUGAUGAUCUUCAUCCAUGAUUCUUUUGAUGAUGAUGAUGUUGGUGAUGUGAGGAUAGGCGGAUGUUGAUUUCAUGGUAAUUGUGGCAUCACGAUAUGAUGAUCAUGAUGCCGUUGACAGGUUUCAUUCGCAUUCUGAUACGUUGAUGAUCACGAUCUUGGUUUGAGGAUGAUAUUGAUGAAACGAUGUUUAGAGCUUCAGUAAUUCAGCAGACCAAUCUUUUUAUAGCGCCUGAGAGCACCGCCAACGUCUCUGAACUGAAACCGAAGGAACAGGAAUGCUUCUCUCUGUUGCAGAAAUGCAAGAGCAUGGAUGAAUUCAAGCAGGCCCAUGCUCGAACCAUCAAGCUCGGGCUCGAACGUGAUGCUCGUGCAGCCCAUGAACUCAUCACGGCCUGCGCUCUCUCAGCAUGGGGCAGCAUGGACUACGCCCGCUUGAUCUUCGACCAGAUCAAUGACCCAUUGCCAUUUGAUUUCAACACCAUGAUGAGAGGAUACAUCGAUGACAGCGACCCAAUCACAGCACUUCUCUUGUAUAAAGAGAUGCAAGAGAGAGGAGCGAAACCGGAUGCAUUCACCUACCCUCCUCUCUUAAGGGGCUGUGCCCUUCUGUCGGCUCUUCGGGAAGGAACACAGAUUCAUGGGCAUGUCUUUAAGUUUGGGUUCGAAUCCGAUCUCUUCACACAGAACAGCUUGAUCAACAUGUAUGGAAAACGUGGCCAGAUCGAGCAUUCCAGCAAAGUGUUUGAUCAGAUGCGCCACAGGAGUGUUGCUUCAUGGAGUGCCCUCAUUGCAGCCUAUGCUAGAUUGGGCUUCUGGGAUGAGUGUUUGGGUCUGUUUGGGACCAUGAGCAGUGAAGGUUGGAGGGCUGAUGAGAGCACAUUAGUCAAUGUCCUCUGUUCAUGUGGCCAUUUGGGUGCCCUUGAUUUGGGGAGGUCCACCCAUGGGUUCCUGAUGAAGACCAUCUAUGGACACAAUGUCAUUGCAGAGACGUCACUGAUUGACAUGUACAUCAAAUGCGGGCGCCUGACGAAAGGGCUAUCUCUCUUUGAGAGCAUGCCCAAGAAGAACAUAGUGACUUACAGUGUCAUGAUAUCCGGCCUUGCGAUGCAUGGCGAAGGCAGGAUGGCCCUGCAGCUCUUCUCGGACAUGAUCACAGAAGGGAUAAAACCCGACAAUGUUGUCUAUGUGGGCGUUUUGAGUGCUUGUAGCCAUGCAGGGCUGAUUGAUGAGGGUCUCCAGUGCUUUGAUAGACUGAGAUUCGAGCACCGGAUAACCCCCACAAUUCAGCAUUACGGAUGCAUGGUGGACCUGUUGGGCCGUGCCGGGAUGCUUGAUCAAGCACAUGAGCUGAUCAGGAGCAUGCCCAUGGAACCAAACGACGUAGUUUGGCGUUGCCUGCUCAGUGCAUGUAAGGUCCACAACAACCUCGAAUUGGCAGAAUCCACCAGUAGACAUCUAUUCCAAUUAGACCCACAUAAUGGAGGCGAUUAUGUCCUUCUAUCAAACAUAUAUGCGCGGUCCCUACGGUGGGAUGCCGUUGCAAAGAUCUGGACGGAUAUGGUGCGUAGAGGCGCGGUUCAAACACCUGGAUUUAGUAUGGUAGAGGUGAGGAGGAAGUUGCACAGGUUUGUUUCACAGGACAUGUCACACCCCAAAAGCUAUGAAGUGUAUGAAAUGCUGCAUCAGAUAGGCUGGCAGCUGAGAUUUGAAGGCUACUGCCCUGAUACAUCCCAAGUACUGUUCGAUGUCGAUGAGGAAGAAAAGAAAAGGCUGCUCUAUGGCCAUAGCCAAAAGCUCGCGAUAGCUUUUGCUCUCAUAUCAACCAGCCAAGGUUCGCCAAUCAGAGUAGUUAAGAACCUUCGAAUGUGUAACGACUGUCAUGAUGUUACCAAAAUGAUUUCAAAGAUCUUUAAGCGGGAAAUCUCCGUUAGAGAUCGAAAUCGAUUCCAUCACUUCAGGGAUGGGAGAUGCUCAUGUGGAGACUACUGGUGAAUGGAUUGUCUAUUUCAUUUUCAAGAUGGAUUCUUUCCUCUUUUUUCCUGGCCUCCAACUGAACUGAACUUAUUUUUUCUUGUAAAUGCUGCAACUGCAAUGUGAAAAACGUCGAUCGCCACAAAUACAUAUUGCCUCUGUAAUUCUAGGAACUAAAUGAAUAAAAUCAAGAUGGUAUGUGAUGUAGAA